UUUGAUUGGACACCUCCACCUACUCAAGCGGCCGAUCCAUCGCAUUUGGUUUCUUCUCGCAUUUAGUAAGUUAUGAUCUCUCUUUUGCUUCAGAUCAAUAUUCGCCGGGAUGGAGAAGAAAGAAGGUUUCAUGUGAGUAGGAACGUCACGGCAAUUGUGAGACGGCUAAGUGAGCUUUGCGCUCAACUGUUGUUGAAUAAUUAUCGAAGUGUGGAGGGAGCGUUGCUUCAUAUUUAUUCUCCAAACGCUUUUGAUGAAGAACUAACUAUUAACGCCCAG